GUCUGUAAAAACAAUUACGUUAGAAUUAGAAUACAGUUGGUAUAAGGCACGUUUUACAUAGCGUCAGAAUAUGGUUCCUGUAAAACACACUAAUUUCAAGCGUGUCUUGGUGGAAGUAGAACUGGGAGCGCGCACGUACAAUAGUACUCGAAUCGGCUAGCACACACGGGUAUAAGCUGGCUUUGGCUACCUCAGGUUAUUCACAGUCGCUGCCACUGUCACACAAGCAGCGAGGCAGGUGUGUAGCCUAGAGAACAAGUGCCCCCUUCACAUUUAACAUAUUCUAUAUUACUUUAUAUUGAAAACACCACCAUCAUGUUGUGGACGGCGAACAGGAUCAUAAGACAAUUCUCAACCACCUCCCAUUAUUACCAAAAUAAGCUGAAACUUGCCCUCAUUGGCCAGAGCCUGUUUGGUCAGGAAGUGUAUACCAACCUUCGGAAACAGGGUCACAAAGUGGUAGGUGUGUUUACUGUGCCGGACAAGGAUGGCAAGGCAGACCCUCUGGCGGUGGCAGCCGAGAAGGACGGGACUCCGGUCUUCAAGUUCCCACGGUGGCGCGUCAAGGGCAAGCCCAUCACCGAGGUGGUGGAGGCCUACAAGGCGGUGGGGGCCGAGCUCAACGUCAUGCCCUUCUGCUCACAGUUCAUCCCCAUGAACGUCAUCGACCACCCCACCCACGGCUCCAUUAUCUAUCACCCCUCCAUCCUGCCACUGCACCGCGGCGCCUCCGCCAUCAACUGGACCCUGAUCCAUGGUGAUAAAAAAGCCGGCUUCUCCAUUUUCUGGGCGGAUGACGGUCUGGACACAGGGCCCAUACUGCUUCAGAGGGCUUGUGUGGUGGAGCCCAACGACACUGUGGACACCCUCUACAACCGCUUCCUCUUCCCAGAGGGCAUUAAGACCAUGGUCGAGUCCGUCCAGCUCAUCGCUGACGGGAAAGCUUCUCGUAUCCCCCAGUCUGAGGAAGGAGCUAGCUACGAGGGCAUCCAAAAGAAAUCCAACUCCAAAGUCAACCUAUCUCAGCCAGCAGAAGUCAUCCACAACUGGAUUCGUGGCCACGACAAAGUUCCCGGGGCGUGGACGGUCAUUGAUGGUCAGACAGUGACCCUGUAUGGGUCAUCCAUGUUGGCCGGAACGAUACCGUUGGGCCAGCCCCUGGACAUGGAGGGUGCGGUCCAGCCUGGUCUGGUCACCAAGAAUGGACUGGUUGUGUUCGGAUCUGACGGCAAAGCAAUCCUGGUGAAGAGCCUCCAGUUUGAAGAUGGGAAGAUGAUCCCAGCCUCCAAGUACUUCUCCUCUGGGGAGAGCACAACCGUGGAUCUGACUGACGAUGAGAAGAAGAUGGCAGAGGAGAUCAGGAGCAUCUGGAAAGGAAUCCUGAGUAACGUGGCUGUUAUCAAGGAUGCCACAGACUUCUUUAAGUCCGGGGCCGCCUCCAUGGACGUGGUCAGGCUGGUUGAGGAGAUCAAGCAGAAGUGCUCAGGUGUGCAGCUGCAGAACGAGGAUGUGUACAUGGCUACCACCUUCGGGGACUUCGUCCAAAUGUUUGUGCGUAGGCUGAGAGGAGAAGACCAGGAGGAGGAGCUGGUCGUCAGUUACGCCACUAAAGAGAUCAACAACAUGACGGUGAAGAUGCCGUAUCAGUGCUUCAUCAACGGCAAGUUUGAGGACGCAGAGAACGGCAAGACCUGCGACACCAUCAACCCUUCUGAUGGCUCUGUGAUCUGCAAAGUGGCAUAUGCUUCAGUGGGAGAUGUGGACCGGGCAGUUGCAGCUGCCAAGGACGCCUUUGAGACAGGCCCCUGGGGCAGGAUGAACCCUAGGGACAGAGGAACGCUGCUCUACAAACUGGCUGAUCUUAUGGAGGAACACCAGGAGGAGUUGGCCACCAUUGAGUCCAUGGACUCUGGGGCCGUGUACACCCUGGCCCUCAAGACCCACGUGGGUAUGUCUAUCCAGACCUUCCGCUACUUCGCCGGCUGGUGUGACAAGAUCCAGGGCAAGACGAUACCCAUCAACCAGGCCAGGCCAAACCGAAACUUGACUUUCACCAAGAAAGAGCCCCUGGGGGUGUGUGCCAUCGUCAUCCCCUGGAACUACCCGCUCAUGAUGUUGGCAUGGAAGAGUGCUGCCUGCCUCGCAGCUGGAAACACACUGGUGCUAAAACCUGCGCAGGUGACUCCCCUAACUGCGUUGAAGUUCGCUGAGCUGACAGUGAAGGCCUGUAUUCCCAAAGGUGUCAUCAACAUUGUUCCCGGAUCAGGGGGGUUGGUGGGCCAACGUCUCUCAGAUCACCCUGACAUCCGUAAACUAGGCUUUACAGGUUCCACUCCCAUCGGCAAACAGAUCAUGAAGAGCUGCGCUGUCAGUAACUUGAAGAAGGUGUCUCUGGAACUUGGGGGAAAGUCUCCACUUAUCAUCUUUGCCGACUGUGAUAUGGACAAGGCCGUACGCAUGGGUAUGAGCUCCGUUUUUUUCAAUAAAGGGGAGAACUGCAUUGCAGCUGGUCGCCUGUUUGUGGAGGAGUCCAUUCAUGACAAGUACAUCAGUAGAGUGGUGGAGGAGAUCAAAAAGAUGAAGAUUGGGGAUCCUCUGGACCGCUCUACGGACCAUGGGCCCCAGAACCACAAGGCCCACAUGGACAAGCUGGUGGAGUACUGUGAAGUGGGCCUGAAAGAGGGUGCCACACUGGUGUGCGGGGGUCACCAAGUAGACAGACCAGGGUUCUUCAUGGAGCCCACAGUGUUUACAGACGUUGAGGACCACAUGUUCAUCGCCAAAGAGGAGUCCUUCGGUCCCAUCAUGGUGGUGUCCAAGUUCAAAGAAGGGGAUGUGGACGGCGUGCUUCGGAGGGCCAACGACACAGAGUUUGGCCUUGCGUCCGGCGUGUUCACGCGUGACAUCAGCAAGGCCAUGUACGUGAGUGAGAAGCUAGAGGCGGGGACUGUGUUCGUCAACACGUACAACAAGACCGACGUGGCCGCGCCGUUCGGCGGUUUCAAACAGUCAGGCUUUGGCAAAGACCUCGGAGAGGAUGCUCUUCUGGAAUACCUUAGGACCAAAGCAGUGACUGUGGAGUACUGAGCCGCCCUUCCUAACAAACCAACCCUCAAUUGACCGGGCCACCCAAUACUAAGCACAGCUACGGCUUUUGCUCACAACAGAUGUGAGGCAGGGGAGAGUUGUCAAAGCCCUCCGGUACUGUACGUGCCUACAGUUUUUAACAUUCUGCAUGGGAACUCACAUUACGGACACACAUGGUUUUCCUUGACUUAUGAAACAGAAACUGCAUACCGUAUGAAACCCAGAGGUAGAUUUUAGUGUCCGCAAUGGGAGCCACGGUGGAUUCUAAAAUAUCAGCUCCUUAAUGUUUUCAAGGUUUCAUUUCUCAAGUUGUUUUUACAGAGCACUUGAGGCAAACCAAGCCUAAAACUUGUAGCAUUUUUUUGCCGUUGUAGUUACAUCUUUUCAUUGUAGCUCACACAGGCUAACUGGGUUUUGGCGCUUCAUCAAAGCUGCUGGUACCGUUAUUUUGCUGAAUACAUUUGCAAAUCUUUUUCAAAAUUUUGUUUAUUUGUAAAUAUAUUAUUACAGAAGAGGAAAUUAAGCGUUAUAUAUUUUUGACAUUGUAUUCAGUCAUAAAAUGAAAAGUUUUGUUACACUAUCAGACCAUUUGUUUUAAAGCAAACCAACCUAGUGGCUAACCCUUAUGGGGUUUUACUUUUUAUAAUAUAUUAAAAAUAAACUAACGAAGAAGAAUGAAUACAGUAUUGUUAAAAGGUGUUGGCCACAGGCACGGCUCCAAAGGCUAUGAAAUCCUAUGUUUCCAUCAUCUGUGUCAUUGUUUGUUAAGCACUUGAUGAAUCAGUACAAAAAGGGAGACUCUUGUUCCACACACUCAGCAGCACCUAUCUGUCAGUGUUCACUAUCAAAUGAGCAUUGGUGAAUAAACGAUCUUCUUUAAAUGUUGCUCUCUUGUUUCCUUGGUGAUGACCUCUACACGAGUUGUUGUAUUUGCCAAACCACAAAAAAAUGAUGCCCGUCCUUUUACCCCUCCUCUAAUGAAAGAGGGGUAAACUGGACAUUAUUAAUCAAAUACGCUGGAAGUGCAGUUAUUUGACUCAAUAGGUUAGAUCAGAGCAGGAAUGGUCAAAGUAAAGAAAUUAAAUGUAUACUUUGCAAAUGAAUUAAGUCAAUUACAAGACGAACAUGUUACAAAAUGAAGGUUUCAGUCUUAUCUGCUCUGCAAGUACAAGCUGAGAAAUUAAUGUAAAAUCAACCCAGAACAAUGCUCCAUAUUACCUUUUAUACCCAGGUAUUAUAUGUAAGAAUAACUAAUCAGACCACAUAUGGACCCUUGCUUAUCAACAUAUGACUACCAAAGCAACAGUAAAUCACAUAAUGAGGUGGAUCAUCAAGCAACUAUCUUUAGAUUAAUCGUGGGGACAGCCUACACCUCCAUGUUUGUUCAUCUUCAGUCAUUUAAUCCCAGACUACCAUACCAAGCACACAAACGAUUCGGGAUUCAAAUAAUUUUAUAAUGAAGUGUAACAAUAUUCACAUAUUUAGCAAAAACUGGAGUUGAGAUCAAGCAUCAUCAAGUUACUUAUGAAUAUGUCUAAUUACAUAACCCACAAUGUAAUGCAGAUGAUACUAAAGGCUUUCGUCCCAUUUUCACAAGGCACAGGUGGUUGAUAAAAAAGAAAAUCUGGAUUCCUUUAAUGGCUUUGCCCCGUUAUCUAUGCAACUUUGUAUUACAAAAUAUCCUGUUUAUAUCCGUUUUGAAAUAUACAGUACAGCUCAAUUCUGUAUCCCCUAAAA